AUGUUCCCUGACGAGCUCAAGGGACUCACGCUGGUCGAAGAGAAGCUCGUCUCGCUCAACUCCUGCUAUGGGCACGUCAAGGGCCACAUCACAGUGUUUCCCAACAACGUGCAGGAGCUGGCGACCAGGUGCUCCCGCACCCCUUUGCAAGCACUGGACGAGAUCCACGUUUCGUGGCAGGGCGUGGAGAAGCCGGCACCGAGCGACCUGUCGAGUCUCUUGUCGGUGAGGCGGCGGGUCGUCGAGAGGGCUCUUGUUUGGCUGAAGAGGAGCAACCCCCACUACGCCGAGAUCGAGAUCGACGUGGCGGAGAUGGAGAGUUGGGGAGACCCGAUAGACGGGGUGCCGGCCUUGGUGUAUGAUCGCAUGGAGCGGAACGAGCCGUCCGCAUGGGAGAAAACGCGGACGGCGCACGUUGUGCCGCCCACGGAGCGCGCCAUGGACGACGAGGGGUCGGUGGAGAUCGAGGAACUCUUCGCUCUGCUCAAGCAAAGGCAGGAAACGGGAGGCGAGGCUGAAGGGCACGGGCCCAACGAAGAAGGCGCGGGUCGUGAUGGAGUUGGUGCUAGCCCCGAUCAGAACGUUCGACCAAUCAACGAGCUGCGGUUUGCCUGUGACGCUGUUGGCGCAGGUGCCGACGACGGCCGCGCGGGCCCGAGAACAACGUUCCCGACCCUGUUCCCAUUUGGCGUUGGGGACCAAGGGGCGGCAGCGGGAGACAUCGUAUCCUCCCGAAGCUUGAACCUCCGGAUUUGGGCCGACAUCGUGCUCCGGCGCCAUGGUGGCCGGUUUGCGUUGCACCACAUAUUUGCAUUUCUCGUCUUCAACAUGGGGGUGCGGUCGAGGAACCGCCGCGUCAGCAUGCUGAGUGUGGCGAGGAAGGACUUCGGCAAGGUCGAGCGCGUUGCCCGCUCGAUGACCGCGCAAAGGUUAGCGGCGGCGAGGGUCGAGUUGGAGAGCUCGGGCAAGACGACCGAUGAGGGCGUGAAGGAGCUUCUCAGGAGCCUCUCGCUGUACGGCCACCGGCAACCCAUGUCGAGAGAGGUUCGGCUCAAUAUGCGGCGGAAAAUCCAGUCGCUCAUCGUUGGCUACGGCGUUCCGGCCAUCUGGUUCACCAUCAACCCAAACGACAUUACGAACCCGGUGAAGCUGCGACUGGCGGCAUAUCGGACACGCGAUCCCGGCGCGGCCGAGGAGUUCCUAGAAGGCCUUGGGAGUGCGUACAAGCGGACAAGGCUGGCCAUGUCCGAUCCGAUGAGCGCCGCCGUAUUCUUCCACCGGGAGAUGAAGCUGUUCUUCGAUCAUUACGUGAAGGUCGGAGAAGAGUCGGUAUUCGGGCGCAUCGGCAAGUACUAUGGCGCUGUGGAGACCAACGAACGAGGGCGCUUCAUGUUCACGGCUUGCUCUGGUUGCACGGAAACGCGCAUCUCAGCUCGAUGCUUGCCGACAUCCACGGGGAGGAUCAGGCGGCGUAUCGCGAGCGAAUCAUACGAUACGUCGAUAGUGUCUUCUCCGAGGAUCUGGAUCAGGAAGGGUUCUGCGCCGUGCAAGCGGAGCGAUCUGUGA